AUGGUAUCUACAACGAUAAAUUCAACAGACGACCCCCUCCACGAGCCUCCAGGUAGCACUAAGGCCGGUCACGAUGGUCUAUUCAAACUAGGCGAUUUCACACGAUUGAACUCACAAAACCUUGCAAAUUGGGCGUCCCCGAAAGCCUCAAAGACUUCGCAGGUCUUGGACUCAACCCCCACGCUUGGUAACUUCAAGCGGCUCUUUGAGCAGCUUCGUUUCAAGGACGAUGGAGCAACCCAGCAGCAGCAGCAGCAGCAGCAACCUUCUACUUCCCCCAAGGCGCAGCCGAUCACGAUAGUGAAAUCAUCUAUCGAAUCAGUAUCAGUCACCAAAGCAGUCAAUGUUCCCAAGAUCUUGACUGAACCCAUUUUCGACUCAAUCACCGACUCGGAGGCUGGAGGCGGCUCUGACACUGAUGUGCUAUUGGCUGCUUCUUAUUCCACUGCUGCCUCAACACCACCGAGCUCCAAUGAGUUUCCCCUGAACCAUUUUGAGGAGAGUAAGAAGAGCAAGGCCAAGUCUUCUAAGGCCAAGGUGAAGUCUCACUCUCGAGACAAUUCAGAUCAUAAGGUUGUGGUGUGGGAUAAUGUUCGGUCUGAAUCUGUCAAACACGUCCUCUCGUACCAGCCAUUCAAAUAUGGCCCUAUCACUGAGAUUCACAGCAAUGUAUCCACUACCUCAGCCAAGCACGAAAACCUCAUGGGCAAGUUGGUUCAGGAGCGCGUCGUUGACUCUAUGAUCUGCAAGGACUUUUCCACCAUUGCAGAUAACGGAAUUCAUGUCUUCGUUGACAUGUCCAACAUUAUCAUCGGCUUCCAGAAAGCCUUGAGAGCCAAAUUUGGCAUCUCGGAGUCUUCGCGCUUUGUUCCGCUUCCCCAAAUGAACCUUGCUUUCUUUCACGAACUCCUCACCCGCGACCGCUACGCAGAAUGGCUCAACGUUGGCUGUUCAAUGCGUCCCGAUCGAGGGGAACCCCCUUUCAUCCAAGAACUUAAAGAUCUUGGCUACCGAGUCGACCUUCGCAGCCGUCGUGCUGAGCAGUCCGGUUCCGGGGACAACACCACUUUCGAGGCUGGCGGCUUCCGCUAUGUCGAGGAUAUGGUUGACGAAACACUUCAAAUCCGAAUUGGUGAAUCUGUCAUGCAAUAUUUCGAGAUGCCUGGCACGCUCGUCAUUGCCACGGGUGAUGCUCGACCGGCCAAGUACUCGGAUGGCUUCCUCGCAUAUGCUCAACGCGCCCUGAAAAUGGGCUGGAGCGUUGAGGUUGUGUCCUGGAAAGCCAGUCUUUCGUCUGCCUGGAACGCACUAUUGAAGGACAAGAGCAUUGGUUCUCGAUUCCGUAUUAUUGAACUCGAUCAGUUCGUUGAUGAGCUUUGGAUCUGCUAA